ACAUCGCCCCCCUCGAUAACAACUUCCGCGUCAACUACAUUUUCACUGUUGUUGUGACUUUAGCUAGCUGUGCUUUUGAAGACAUGCUUCAGAAGACCGACGUGAUACUAGAAAUGUAGCUACAUUUUGCCUUGAUAUAACAGUCAGUUGGAUUCAUAAAGGACUUGGAUCACGAAAUACAUCUGGAAACGCAGAAGAUAAAGUGUGUGAAUGAUGAGUACCCAGCCUGUCCCUUUCGAGGAGGUGCGGAGGAGAGCUGAGUCCCUCCUGUCCUAUUCAGGCUCUGCCCAGGCAUUGAAGACUGAUGUCCAGUUCAUGGCCAAUGUUCCCCUGUCCCUGUCUGACAAGUUUCACCACAUCACAGCACAGACCAUGGUGACACAGAACAUAGCAGGGCAGAGCAGGGAAGAGGUCCUAGAGUCUGUUGGACGGUUGUUUAAAGCCUUGAGCAUCCUGGAAAAGUAUGGCUGUAACCUGACCAGCCCCAGCAGGCCCAGGUACUGGCGCAGCGUCAAGCACAACAACCCAGUCUUCAGGGCUACUGUGGAUGCCAUCAAGGGUGGCAGGUCAGUCCUGUUUCUCUACGGUUACACCAAUCAACAGCCAGACGGCCUCAGCUUCCCCGACGAUGUCACGGAUCCAGACGUUGGGAAGGUUGCUGCAGUGACCAUUGAGGUCAUGACCCUGCGCAUGGAACUGGACAUGCUUAUCAAGGGUACACAUGCUCACCCAGAAAUCUACAGCAAUAUAAUCCCAUCCCUUAGUCUCCCGAAGACAAACCAGGAGAAACCAGAGCUGAUGUCUGAUGCAGUGGUCAUCCCACCAGGAGAGGAGCAUGGGGACAGUGGGAAAGAUCUUCAGCCGCUAUCUCCUCCACCCAAACCGGCUGCUAGUCCUGGACUAAGACACGCCCCAACCACUCCCACCGAUGGGGGGUGUAAUCUGUGCGGUGCCACUCCCUCUCUUCUCUGCCCACCCUGUGGUUCUCUUCCUUUCUGUCAGUCAUGUGACCUCAUCUACCACCGCCACCCGUCCAGAGCCAAUCACAGGAGAGAUAGAAUACAGGAGACCUGUACCAUCUGUGGUAUGUCCCAAGUCUACGCUCCUUGCUCCACCUGUUCUCAGAGGCUGUGUCUGGAAUGUGACAGACUGUACCAUUCUCACCCUGACCGCGGGGGUCACAACAGGACACUGGUUACCCCCGCCAAACUAACAAGAGCUUUUAGCCUCUCUCUUUCCUCAUGGGAGUGUGCUCAGUGCACUACAGUCAACGAGGUGAAAGCCGCGCUAUGUGUGACCUGUGAACGACCCCGUCUGGCCAUCGCUUCCCUUAUAGAUCUGGAGGACCCGGGGCAGCCGCCACCCAACCCAGAGUGGCAGUGUAAGAGCUGUACGGUGGUGAACCAAGGCAGCAGUAUACUGUGUGAGGUGUGUGAGCGCCCCCGUCUGGCCACCCGUCCCUCUAUCACGCCAGUACUCAACAGUACUCCAGUACUCCCCACGCCAGGACCCACGGCAGACAAGGAAACAAAGUGGAUGUGUCAGUUCUGCACCUAUGUGAACUCUCCUCCUGCAGUGGUUUGUGAGGUGUGCAACCUGCCGUGCAAAGAUCCUCCAGUCACCAGUCCCAAGUCCCUCCUCCUGCAGUCUCCAGUCAAAGACUUUGUCCCGCCUCCUGUGAUGCCCCAGGUCCCUCCGGAGAUCUCUUCCAGGGUAAACAUCGACAUUAAGAGACAGAACCUGAUGAGGGAUGAAGGACUGAAGCUUGUCCAUCAAAUACGAAAGGGAGAGAAGAAGGGAGUGGGCCCUGAGGAGGUGUACGCAGCCCUCUGCGUUUCCAGGGGCAGCAACGUCAACCCCUGUGAUUGGCUGAAAUCAGAGCUGCCUCACCUACUGGAUGAGAUCUGUGCCAUGGCAGCUUCGGCAGCUUUGCAGAACUUCAAAGCAAGGGUUUCUGGGCCGCAGGAUAACACAGAUAAGGGGUCGACAGAGCAACAGAGUCCCAGUGUGCUGCUGGGUGAGGGAGUGCAGCUGUCCAGGGUUGAGGCCAAGCAGGCAUGGCUGGCAGCAGGGGGCGACACUGAGAGAGCAGUCCGUCAGCUGCUCCGAGACAGACAGGCCAAGAUGCGGGAGCUGCGUUCUCUGGGCUUCCGGGAGGCAUCGCAGUGUGAGGAGGCUCUGCGUCUGAGUGGAGGAGAGGUGCGGGGGGCUCUGUCCCUGCUGCAGCGGCCCCUCCUGGAGCCCUUCCACCAGCGCAUCUGGAGCGACCAGCCAGAGGCACCCAUUGAUGCCAAGAACCCUGACAAGCAGAGGAUGUGCAGGCGCCUGCUGGCGUUGUACGAGCUGCCCAGCUGGGGGCGCUGUGAGCUGGCCCUGUCUCUACUCCAGGAGCCUGAUGCCCAGUACUCCCUGGAGGACGUCAUCCAGGCCGUCAGAGAGUCCCAGGACAGGGAGUUCCUCCGCCGCCUCCUCAACAACGAGUGCCCCUGCUGCCUCAGCAUCUUUCCCCACAGCAAGAUGCAGUCCCUGACCUCGUGUCAGUGCUCGGUGUGCCACGAGUGUUUCACACAGCACUUCACCAUCGCUGUGAGAGACAAACACAUCAGAGACAUGGUGUGUCCUGUGUGUGCAGGACCAGACAUCAACGACCCUGAGCACCUGGACAGCUACUUCUUUACUCUGGACAUUCAGCUGAGAGACUGUCUGGAUCGUGAGGUGUACGAGCUCUUCCACAAGAAGCUGAUGGAACAUGCUCUGAUGAAGGAUCCCAUGUUCCUGUGGUGUUGUCACUGCACCUUUGGCUUUAUCUAUGAUGGAAACCAAUUCAAAGUCACCUGCCCCACGUGUAUGAAGAGCUUUUGUAACCAAUGCAAAAAGCCUUGGGAAGCUCAGCACCAGGAUGUAUCCUGUGAGCAGUUCCAGCUGUGGAAGAGAGAGAACGACCCUGACUACCAGAGACAGGGACUGGCCGGGUUCCUGCGGGACAACGGCAUCACCUGUCCUCACUGCAGGUUCCAGUAUGCCUUGACCAAAGGUGGCUGCAUGCACUUCAGCUGCUCCCAAUGCAGAUACCAGUUCUGCAGUGGCUGCAACAAUCCCUUCCACACUACGGCUUGUAAAACUGUCCAGUGUAAGAUCACAGGUCUCCAUGCUCAUCACCCACGAGACUGUCUCUUCUACCUCAGGGACUGGGAGCCUGCCAGACUACAGGCCCUGCUGCAGAGGAAUGCUGUUGAGUUCAACACAGACCCCCCUAAUGGGACACAGACUGACGCGUGUGGAGUGAUGGAGCAGAAGGACGAGGGGGGUCAGCAGAUUGACUCACCCUGUGGAGUCCAAACUCAGCCAGGACAAGCUGGACUCUGCAAUAAACACUACAGAGAGUAUCUGGUUAGUCUCAUCAACGGACACACCCUGGACCCCGCUAUUCUCUACGACCAACAAGAGGUGACAGUUGCCUGCAAGAGGUACCAGGUGGAGGAGCAACAAGGGGAGGGGGAAGACGACAGGGUGUACAAGGCUCGACUGCUGAAGAAACUGAUGGAAGUUCCACUUGGAGAAAAGGUUCCUCGGAUGAGAAAUUGAUUUUAAAGAAUUUAUUAUCCAUUUUAAGGAAAGUACAGGUAUCCUAUUUGCAAACAGCAUCGGGUUUCAAACCUCCCACCACAUAGCAUUAUCAACCUAGCUGUUAUAUUACGUCUCAUUGAAGUUUAACAUGCUUUGUUCGUUAUAUGGUUCGUUAGAUUUCUGAAAUCAUUUUGUUCACAAUUACACAUCUACAGGUAGUAAGUAUCUCAAUUUCCUCUCUGUACAAGGACAAAGCUGCAAAGGAAGACUUACAAGAAAUACAUUAUCUCUUUCUGGUUUAUUUGGAUUAAAUAUAUGAGUUUAAAAUACAGCACUAAACAACUUUAGAACUCAUAAGGGGAAGGUGUCUGUCAUCUUCAAAAUGGCAGUCAAUAUUGUGAGAUCAAUAGCACAUACUAUACAGAGUGUAACAUUAGGGUAUACCAUGCAAUAAAGUAUUUUAUUGAUUUAAAAAUUA